CUGUGAGAAAGAAACACACCUACGUUCCUCCUUUUCAUGGACAAGAAAUGAAGGACAACCUGAUUAAGACAUCAUCUGCAAAGAAAAUGGAUGUGGAGCAAAGUUUAUUGUGAUCAUCUACCAGAGGGCAUGGAUGUCAGAGUGUGACCCUGUGCCGAGUGUGCGGGCGAGGCAAGGUGUUUUGGCUGCCCAGGUGCUUUUAAGAUGUUGAGGUCUCCCUGCGUGGCCGGGGCCCCUGUUCGGAUCAGUAGCACUGCGGCUCCUCGUAGCCAAAGACAUGGACCCCGACUCGGCUCCCCCACGCCCUCAGCCUGUUGGCCACUGGCCCCACGUCGCCCUGUAAAGGAUGUCCCUCAGCAGUGCUCCGGCCCGGGACACCUCUGAGACCCCCAGCCCGAGAGAACGCAUCCGCAGCCACAUGAAGAUGGUGAUUGACCAGCUGGACGGAAUUCUGAAAGAGCUCAAGGAUGUGGCCAAGGAACUCCGGGAGGUGGUGGGUCAGAUCGAUAAACUAACGUCCGACUUUGACUUUGACCUGGAGCUAGAUGACUGGACGGUGGCCACAGCCAGCAGCACGUCCAGCAGCGAGCGAGGUUUGGGAGAGGCCUUCAGGCUAGACUUCCUCAAUGCAGAUGUGCUUUCUGAUAGCUGGGAGUUCUGCAGCUACCUGGAGGCUGCUGGCGCCGCCGCCCGAAUACCUGGGGAGCAACCAGGAGAUCUGCGACCGGAGCUGGGCUGCGGGACCAUCCCCACCCAGACGCAGACCCCCACCCCGCCCCCAUCCACUGCCUCCGUAUACUCACAGAUGAACGGCGGGCUGCCCAUCCCCAACGGGCCUCGCAUUAUUACUCCCGAUUCAUCCAGCGAGGAGGCCAGCAGCUCCACGCACAGCCACAAGACUUCUCGUACCUCCGGCACAAGAGAAAGAGUCCGCUUCAGUGACAAAAUUCUGUACCACGCGCUGUGCUGUGAUGACGAGGAGGAGGAUGAAGAGCAAGAGGAAUUACAGGCGGACAAGAGUGGCUGUGCUACACCAGAUGGCGAUAGUGAACCCGGUCUCCUGUCAAGCUCAGUCACCCCCAAACGUUCUUCCUCUGAGCACUCACUCCUCCAUAACUGUCUGGACCCUUCUUAUGUCUCCUCGCCAAUGAAGGGGACGACGGGAGCUCACACACUACCCAGGAAAGGUCUCUUGAACCCCGGCUGCCGCAAAAAACUGUUACGAAAUAGCAGCACACAAACUGUCUCUGACAAGAGCACCCAAACUGUACUGCCCUAUAUUCCAACCAAACAGAAAACAAAGGACCACUGAGAAAGUUUAUCAUAAAUCUCAUGAAGAGGACUGUGCAUUAUUUAAUA